AUGCGCUUAGGCACCGCAGCAGCAGCAGCAUCCCUGAACCUCCUCCCCGCGCCGUCCACUCUCAACGCAUCUCACAACCACCCUCACGAAUACCAAUGCACCAGUCUUCCCUCCUGGACAGGCGGACGUCCCGGCUCCCCCACCUACAAGAUCGACGACUGCGACCGCGCAAUCCGCGCGUUCGAACAAGACGUCGCUCGAAACCCAGGGCGAGCGCAAUGGCUGUCUCUAGGGUUUCCGCACACGGUGCCAGGGUACGACGUCGGCGACGUACCCUCGAAGCCUGACAUCUCUGGCGGAGGCACCAUGGGGGUGAUUGCGACCUGGCGGGCGGUUUCGGAGUAUGUGCGGUUGCUUUCGGAGGCUUGUCAGGUUCGGAGGUCGGAAUUGGGGUGGACGGCGUACGACGAUAGCGCGCUAGGUAUAUUCCUCUGGGCGACAGAUUCGGCUAUCAAUCAGCGUGUGCCAUAUCCCGACCAGGGUGCGUCGUGA